CCAGCCAAUUACCGUGAUGAUUUCUUUCUACUUCUAAGCGCUGUUGCCUCCGUUCUUCGACGUCAACUCGAGAGUUCAGUGCGGAAACGAGCCGAGGAAAUGGCGGAUCGACAGGUGCAGAGUCAGCUUUCUUCGAGUGGGAUACGAAUCCGAAACGAAAAAAACGAAGAAAUUGUUAUAUCAGAAGCUCAGUUAAGUAAAGUCCUGAACAGGCAAUUGGAACUUCUCAUUACAUAUGUUGAAAAUUCUAAAGUACUGUUUAUGCCUUAUCCAAUCGAGACCAUCAGACAAUUCGUUACUUAUUUACAGACGGACGAUCCCGGAUUGACUUCUAUUACAAACGGGUUCGAUCUGUAUCAUCUGAGUUUAAGAUACGAGUUAGACCAUUUAAGUAAGAAAUGCAAAUUAUUUAUCAUUGGGCAAAUAAAUCUGCAUACCGUCUGCGCAAUCCACGAUUUUGCACGUGAGAUCGGUGAUCUAGUCAUAACUUAUCAUUGCUGGCUAGCUUUCGACCAACUCGGAGAAAGACUAUUUACAACAGUCGACUUUAUGUGCUGUAAAAUUGCAACAAUUGAUAGACUGCUCUCUCGAGCGAUAUAUGAAUCUGUCAGUGAAUUGCGUUUACUCGGAGCCGUGUAUCAGUGGAGCACAGAAGAAGUUAAAAGAAUAUUGGGUGAAGUCAACUUUCAUUCGAUGAAUGAAGAGUCGAAAAGAAAUGAAAUAAGAAAUGUUAUGAAGCCAUUUAUUGGAAAAGUCAGAUUUCUUGCCAUGAAUGAAUACGAAUUGCAAUCUUGUCUUUAUACAAUGAACUUGUUAAGCACAAUAGAAAAGAGUCAUAUCUGGUAUGCUUAUAAGACUGGUAAUUCUUCCUUGUAUCCCAGUUACUUCAGUCGAGAAACAAAAACCAGAAGCGGAAUAAAUUAUUUUAGCUUGUUCUCGUACAUAAAUCGUGGAGUUCCUUUUAUGGUCGCAAACAGAAAGAUGGAAGGUUACAUAUAUUUUAGCAGCGAAGUAGUUGUGAUGGAAGAUUGUUACGUCACGGCUCUUCGAUUUCCGGUGGAGCUUGGCGAAUGUUUUCGAAUGUGCGUAAACGGGUAUAUUAACUCUUUGGACAACAAGCAGUUUUCGUUUGACACCGUAUGCAAUCCAGAGGGAGUAGCAAAUCUGCAAACGAAUUUGUAUGUAGAAAAAUAUUGGUCAAUUCGUUUAUUUGCUUUCUUUUACCUCGCUGAAGAUGUCCAACCCGAUAUCGAGUUUUCACCUGAACUGAGUUACUUUGUGAGCGACGAAGGAACAGAUGCCAGGAAAUUUGAAGAUAAAUUUCUAACCUGUGACAGAAACCUUAUGACUAAUAUUUACUUUUUGGUUGAUUUAUAUUUUUGAUGUCAAAAAAUUUCCCUCGAAAAAAGUGAAAUCUAAACGAGAAUAUAAUGUAAAGUUAAAUUCGAAUAUUAUUAUUUCUUACGGUAUCACUGUAAGAUUUCCGCAAAAUGUGUGUCUACGGGAACGAGAUAAUAAAUUUAUUGGAUUUACAGAAAAUAAAAUUGAAAUAUAAAGUGCUUAUUAAUGUAUUUGAUUUGAAAUGUAAAUUGUUGUUAGUCGAGUUGUUUAUAAUUCAAAAUUUAGUAUUUGCAAAUAUAUCAUCAUCAAGAACGUUUAUAAUUAUCAUCAUUUUAAUGAUAAUUACGUGCGUGAUUUUAUUUUUUAUUGUAGUAGAUGUUCGAAAAACAAAUAUAAUUACAAUGUGACAGCAUUAAUCUUUUCUUUUUUCGUGUUAAUGACGAUAGAAAUAUGGAAAGUUAAGACUAGAAUUUUCGUCUAAAUGUAAGAGCUAUACGAUAUCGACAUUUGAUUAAUUUAAACAAAAAUUAAACAGUAGCAAUAACAAAUCUGUCGUUUAUUUUUAUGUAAAUUUUAGAUACAGAUAAU